UACCUUAGGGUGCCUGUGCUUGCUGGAGACAGAAAAGGAAAGUGAGACACAUUGGGACAUGCCAUCAGCCCUCCAUCCCCUUUUCACUUGCCCUCUAGACCUGGACCCCCUCCUGCCCACCUCCCCCAGAUUUCCUCCUGGGCGUGUAGUUUUGCGUUCUGGCCGCACCCGAGGAGGUCUUGAACACCACCCCCACCGGAUAUGGCUCUCUGGACUCAUUUUUUCCUGGUGUGAUUAAGCAAAUAGCAAGUUGGGACAGAGUACUGAAGGGAGCCAUCUGUUUCAGAUGGGAAUUAAUCAGUGGAUCCAGAAGACUCCUUAAGGGCACAGGGUGAGCAAGAAGACAUGCCUUAGAUCUGGUCCUGUUGCCAUCUGUCUGGAGUCUUUAUGUACCAGGAUGUAUUAAACUCCAGUUGUACUGCUUCUAAACGGGACAGGACAAUGGAAUCAAACUAGGAUCUUUUUUUCUUUAAUUCUGGGAAGACAAAGACAUUGUGAACACUUGCUGAUACUUAACUGAUAGAAUAUUUGCAAGGUGCCCUCUCUCCCACAUAAUUUGGCAUGAUCCUGCCAUCUAGUAAGUAGAAAGUACUUUGCCAUCCUUGACAUUUAGAUUUAACCAACUUUGUCUCAGGAAGACCCCUCUUCCAUGUUCUCAGAGGGUUUGUAAAUCUACAAUUGAGGAAAAACAGUGCAUCCUGACUUCUCUGGUGAUGUGUGUCUAGAUUUCCCUUGUUGCAAUUAUAACUGCCACAAAAAUGCCACCACUUCAUCGACAUGAAGAAGAGAAGUUCUUCUUAAAUGCCAAAGGCCAGAAGGAAACUUUACCCAGCAUAUGGGACACACCUACCAAACAACUUUCUGUGAUUGUGCCUUCUUACAAUGAAGAACAACGAUUGCCUGUAAUGAUGGAUGAAGCUCUGGGCUAUCUAGAGAAGAGACAGAAACAAGAUCCUGCUUUCACUUAUGAGGUCAUAGUAGUUGAUGAUGGCAGUAAAGACCAGACUUCAAAGGUAGCUUUUAAAUAUUGCCAGAAAUAUGGAAGUGACAAAGUACGAGUGAUAACAUUGAUGAAGAAUCGUGGGAAAGGCGGAGCAGUUAGAAUGGGUGUAUUCAGUUCUCGAGGAGAAAAGAUCCUUAUGGCAGAUGCUGACGGAGCCACAAAGUUUCCAGAUGUUGAGAAAUUGGAAAAGGGGCUGAAUGAUCUACAACCUUGGCCUGAUCAAAUGGCUAUUGCAUGUGGAUCUCGAGCUCAUUUGGAAAAAGAAUCAAUUGCUCAGCGUUCUUACUUCCGUACUCUUCUCAUGUAUGGGUUCCACUUUCUGGUGUGGUUCCUUUGUGUCAAAGGAAUCAGGGACACACAGUGUGGGUUCAAAUUACUAACUCGAGAAGCAGCUUCACGGACGUUUUCAUCUCUACACAUUGAACGAUGGGCAUUUGAUGUGGAACUGCUCUACAUAGCACAGUACUUUAAAAUUCCAGUAGCAGAAAUUGCUGUCAACUGGACUGAAAUUGAAGGUUCUAAACUAGUUCCCUUUUGGAGCUGGCUACAAAUGGGCAAGGAUUUACUUUUUAUACGACUUCGGUAUUUGACUGGUGCCUGGAGGUUUGAGCAAACUAGGAAAAUGAAUUAGGUUGCUUUCGGUUUUUGAUUGUAUUCUUACGCAUCAGUGUCACAUUAUUUCCUUUGAAAUGAAAAUUUUAAAUAAAGCUGGAAUGAACCUGUU